AAAGGAUCACUCCCCAGGUUCGGCGUAUAGCCUUUCUCUCUCUCUCUCUCUCCCUCUCCCCGACCCCUACCUUUUGCUCACCACCGUCCGGCGUUGGAGGUCUGUUGAAUGUGCCAUGCUCGCCGCCCCGCUCGCUUUCGUACCUGCAGCUCUGGCCUCAUGACCUCACGCAUCUCACGGCUACUCGUCCCGCACUACUGAAGACCCACCACCCGUCGAUCGCGAUCCCCAGCACUCCCAGCCCAUGACGUGUGUCCUGUUACCGCCCCAGCCUUUCAGUCUGAUGGGCGGAUGGCCAGCUAUGAACCCGACUGGCGGCUCAUCAUUCCAGUCGCACUCCGACUCUCAGCAAUAUGGCCUGACCAUGUCCGAGCCGGAGUCGGCGUCAAGCAGUUCCAACAAGAAGAGGGCGUCCCGCGCGGGCACAAGGAGCGUCUCCACGCUGUCCGCCGCCCAGCUCGAUCGCAAACGAGCAAAUGACCGCGAGGCGCAACGCGCCAUUCGCCAGAGGACAAAGGCCCAGAUCGAAGGCCUGGAGAACGGCAUCAAUGACCUUCGCGCCGCCAAAGAGGCUUCCGAGAAGGCGCUCGCGGUCGCACAGCAACGAAAUCGCGAGCUCGAGGAAGAGGUGUCCUUUCUCCGUGCCAAACUGAGCCAGCGUGCGGGAGUCUUUGCUGCCGAAGCGGCUUUGGACUCGGCGGAAGUUCGCAAGUCAUCGCUGCGAUCCAAUUCCACCGUACACACCCACGUAUCGGCAUCGAGCAUGCCCGUAGCGGAAGUUGCGCAUGCACCACCCACUCUGCAUCUAGCUACACAACAGGUGCCGCAUCCGAGUCAUGGCUUCUGGCAGCCAUCUCCGAACGAGCUUGUCCAAGUCCAGACCGCGCCAGCGACGAUUCAAGACGCCAAAUCCGCACACAUGGUGAGGAGCCUGUCGGACUGGAGAGCGCACGAAGGCGUGCAAAGCGCGGGACCGCAUUCCGACGUCGUCCACGACGCCGUCCAAUCUUCGGUUCAUGGAACUUACCCUUCCUCCGUCGCCAACCAAUUCUCGCAAUUCGCGACCCCGUCGAUACAGCACGCGUACUCGGGCUCGGCCAUGCCUAGCCGAAGCGAGACCACCUCGCCGCAGGAUCGACAGUAUCCCCAGGCUGUGCAACAGCAAAUGUAUCCAUCGCAAUCCGCGCUUCACCACCAUCCCACCUACCAGCCCACCUCCGCACCUCAUCCGCCACCUCCUUCACAACAACAGCAGCAGCAAGCGCCGACACCCACGCAAGCGACCUACCAGCCGGUCGACGUGAGCGCCGCAGUCGGCUAUCACGCCCAGCCCCAACAACAGCAACAGCAAUCCCGACAACCCUCCCCGCAAGCAGCGGCCCCGGCCCCCGCCGCGCAACAGCAACAACAGCAACAACAGCAACCGCACCUCUACGCCUCGCAACCGCAAUACGCCAUGCAGAUGGAGUCGCGCCAGCCAGACCCUGCGCUGAACUACGGGCAUCCGCAGCAGCCGAGCCCGCACUAUCACCACCAGCAGCAUCAGCAUCACCUUCACCAGGCGCAGAUGCAGCAGCAUCCGUAUUCCAUGCCGCAUUAUGCGAGUGGUUGAGGAGAAAUUGGAUGGUGGGAGGAAGACGACAUUACGAUUUGCAUUGCGCUGUAGCAAUCAUCCCUUCUUGACGAUGCCGAACUGGCCGGGUCGACUCGAUGGCGACCAUGCAUGACGACGGACGCAUCGUCAGAUGCUGCUGUGACAAACAGGAGUGACGAGACGGAUGACCACGGCACACCCUCGCGCGAUUAAUGAGGAAAUG